UUUCCGUCUGCGACGUUACCUAGGAGUCCGGCGACUCCAGGGCCAGCAGCGAUUGGAAUUUCAAAUGCCUUGGGAAGAGGAAUUAGAAGUUUUAAAGCAGGAUAAAGCUGCCAGAGUCAUUCAGCAGGCCUGGAAAAGUUUCCUUAAUGUUGCUAUAUUUCAACACUUUAAAAGUCUGAUUGAUUUAAGAAGACAAGGAGAACCACGUCAGAUCGUGAAAUAUAUUAAUCCCAAAGAGGCAGAGCUUCUAGAUGCUGCUGCUGGCAUUCAUGUGCGAUUCAGAUUAGGUGGAGUUAAAUUUCCACCUGAUAUAUACUAUAAGAUUUUUACUCACAGACCUAUUGAAGAUCUGUGUGCUAACAGCCCUAGAAAUUAUGCAAAACUUCCAGCAAAGCAUACAUCUCAUAAUAAAAAUGAUCAUCUUCAGGAAGAGGAUCAUAGUGGCUGGUAUCAUCGUAUAGAAAACAAUGGCUGGAGGCCAGUUUCUGAUACAUUUUGGCUAUCUACUGACAGUAUAGUGGUAGAAGACAAAAAGGAAAGUGAAUUCCAUUUCUCUAAACUGAAGAGAAGGCAAGACUUGGAAAAGAAAAGAAAACUUAGAAAAAUAGAGUGGAUGAGGCAAAUGUACUACUCAGGAAGCCUGGAGGCUAAGUCAACACAUCGUGAAACUCUAGGACUAAUUCACACUGCAACAAAGGGGCUGAUUAGAGCUUUUGAAGAUAGUGGGAUAGAUUCUGUGAUGGAAUGGGAAGUGGAUGAAGUGCUGAACUGGACAAACACACUGAACUUUGAUGAGUACAUUGCCAGCUGGAAGGAAAUUGCUACAAGCAACUCUUCGGCUAAUUUCAAAGGAUUCAGGUUUGAUGAAGCACAGAAAAACAUAUAUGACUAUGGAGGAGAUAUAUCAAAAAUGCAAAUGGGAACAUCAGGUCAUACUUAUUGUGAAAAUGUUUAUCAAGAACCAAAUGUAACUAGAUUAACGCCUGAUUCUACUUAUGGACUAUAAAGUACUUUAUUUCUAUUCUGAGUUAUAGACCUUUGAGCCCUCCAUCCAUCAGUUAUAGUCAAGGGGUAGUGUAUUCUGACUGGAAUAACUUGUGUAUAUAUUCUGGGCACAGAAUCUAGCUCAGUUAAGUAAGGAAAAUUGAGCAGAAAUAGAACACUGGACUGAAUACAAUGAUCAUGGCAAAUAUAGAAAUUGUUCCUAGUAUUCUGAGAAACUGUAGUAUUCUAACAGUUACACUUAAGUAAAGAGACUACAUUUAGGUGCAAGAAGCUUCAGACUGAUUAUUUUGCAUGUUUACUUGAGGCAUUUAGUGCAAUCACGGAAGGCAGAGCUUUCGGUCCCUUUAUCCCAUAUCCAAGUGUGCCUUGCUUCUUCCCCUAUUUCCCACUUUUAUCCUCUCAUUACUCCAUUUUUUUUCUUCACUGAACUUUUUUCUUUCUUCUCUUGAUUCUCUGUCUACUUACUCAUUAUAGUUGUCUUUGCAAUUCUGUUUCUCUCACACUUAGUUACUGCCUAUUUUAUGUCAUAGUUAUUUCUUUCCUUUCUUUUGUAAUGUUCUUUAUCUUUCCUUGUUUACAUUUUUCUCUUUACUUGCUUUCAUCAAUGUUGCACUUUCCUUUUUUCAUUUUCCUUUCUAGAUCAUUCCCCUAAUCUCAGUUUUUUGGGGCCUACGAUUUGCCUUCACUACUCUGCAUGCAAUACAAUUCUUUGGAUUCCCAUUCCCUUUCUUCCAGGUUAGAGCAGUGAAUUAGUUUUUUAUCACUGCAUAAUAAAUUACCCCAAGACAGCAGCUUAAAGCACCAAAAGUUAUUAUCUCGUUCAGUUUCUGAGGGUUAGGAAACUGGGAGUGGUUUAGUUGGGUGGCUCUGGCUUGAAGUCUCUCAGGAGGUUGCAAUAAAGAUUUUGGCCAGGGCUGCAGUCAGCUGAAAGCUUGACUGGGUUGGAGAAUCUGCCUACAAGACGGCACACAUGAACAGUUGUUGGCAGGAGGCCUCAAUUCCUUGAUACAUAGACCUCCCCAUAGGAUAGCUUGAGUGCCCUCAUAACAUGGCUGAGCAAACAACCUGAGAGAGAGAGAGAGAGCAAGGAGGAAGCCACAAUGCCUUUUAAGACCUAGACUCAGAGGCCACACACCAUCCCUUCUGCCCUAUUCUAUUAAUUAGAAAUGCAUCAAGUCCAGCCUAUACUUAUGGAGAGGGGAAUUAAGCUCUCUCUCUUAAAAGGAAAACUAUCACAAAAUUUGUGAAUACAUUUAAAAUCAACACAAAGAGAAAAGGAACAAUCUUAGUGGUUCCUUUCAAAGGAAACCAUAAGACAUUGGUACAGAUAGUUUAUUUAGGAGAUGAUCCCAGAAAACACAAAUUAGAAAUUAGAGAAUUAGAAAUUAGAGAAAUUAGAAAUUAGAGAAAGUGACACACGGAAGGGAGAAAAGCCAAAAAACAUUUGUGUUAAGAAUGGGUUAUUGCUGUGGGUAUCCAGGCCUCAGUUUGCUAGGAAUGCUCUGAGGAACCAUACAGAAUGCACUUCAGAAUUGUCCUGCUAGUGGACGGAGAAACCAGGUAUUUAUCUACCAGCAUGAGGAGCCAAACAUGACCGGGCAGCAAUCUUAGCUUUAGCUUCAGUGGAAUCCUUAUUGUGACCUCCAGGGGAGCCAUUCCCUCACUGGAUACAGGGAGGAUACAUGUAACCAGUGGCUGCAUGGACUCAGUUCUGCUGAGUCUCAACUUAUAGGAACAAGAAGCACAAAUUCCCAAGGGAUCACUGAGAGUAGUGGUGAGAGGGGCCAACCUUAUUUCCAUCCCUUGGUUCUUGGACCCAUAUGUCAUAACCCUAUUUAAAUUAUUUAGACAGAGCACCAUAUAAUGGCCCUUGGUUCAAUGUAUAUAUCACAUCCUGGAGGAAAAUGCUCCAACCUAGCUGCCUGUCCUACUCAAGCUAGAACCUUAGGUUACUCUUUAACAGGCCAAUUUAACACUCUAAUUGUUUCUGGAUUGUGUGGCAUAUGAUAGGACUAGUGUUUUCCAUGGUCAUAUACUCAUUUUUAAAAUUUCUUUACUGUAAAAUUGGUCCCUUGGUCAGAAAGCCCAUAAUAGUAAAUCAUGCGUUUUAUAGGUCCUUAGAUAGUGGUUCUGAUAGAGCCACCAUGGUCAAGAAAGGCAAAUCCAUACCUGGACCAAGUAGCAAUCCCUGUUUGGAAUGAACUGCUGCAAUGUCCAAAUAAGAAUGGGUCUGUUACAAUCAUGUUGCCACCAAAUAACUGAUUGGUCUUUUCAAAUGAUGGUGCCAUAUCAAGGCUAAGUGUCAUUCAGCAGUGGAAGCAGGUAGAUUAGUUUUUCUGAGAAAAGGCCCAUGAUUUUGGGCCCUUGGCUUCCAUCCAUGCCAUCAUGACUCUUCUGUACAUGAGCUAAUUGCAUAAGCACUAGGGUGGCCAAGAGCAUGUUGGCUGGCCCUCAGUGCCAAAGUCACCUUAUCCAUCUGGUUGUUCAGUGUGUCUUCUGUAGUGGAUGCUCUCUGGUAAGCAUAAAAGUGAUAAGUGAAGAUCCACACCUUAUAAGUCAAUCGUUAUGACAUUUCCCAGAUUUCCUUGUCUCUGAUCCAAUUUUGCCCUUUCCGAGUUAAGUACCUGACCAAUGAGUCAAACUAUUUGCCACUGCCCAAGAAUCCAUGUAUAUCUCUCCUUAAGGCUACUUCUCGCUCAAUAAGAAGUGAAUGACCAAGUAUAGUGCUCAAAGCUUUGCCCACUAGGAUUUUCCCUUACCGCUGUUCUUUAGGGCUAUACCUAAGUGGGGCUGUAGUAAGGCAUCAAUCCAGUUUUAGCUUGAGCCAACUCAUUCAUGAACAAGGCCCAAGUUCAUAGGGAACUUCUCUACCUUGAGUGACGUACCAUAGUAUACCACAGUCAGUAUCAUCAGUGUGGGCUGAGAGAGAAGCAUUUGGGCAACUGAAUUAGGUGACGUGGAGAUGAGGGCUCUUGCUGUGUAACUUACUUGUGCUUUUCAAAUCUGCUGGAGAUAAUUCCCAAAUGUCUCAUGUAAUGGGUAUCUACUGUGCCUGCUAGAUCUGACCAUUCACAGCAAAUAACAUUCCCUCAUGAAAUCUGUCAGAUAUUAUCCCUUUUUGAGAAACUAUAUCCAUGACUAUUUACUCUCCAAGACAUCCCAUGUAACAUUUAUCACCAAGCCCUGCUUGAGGAGUAAGAAAGUAAAGCAGCUGGCCUGUACUCCCUUCACCUUGUCAAGGGAAUUUCUAGGUAUAUCUAAUGUUGUUUGUCCUUGUGUAGAAGUUCCUUAGCAGGCUGACCCUGAGUAAGGGUUACUUAAAUAAACCCAGGAACUAUGGAUUUCUGAGGCAUGGCUUCCUGAAGAAUGUUAUGUAAGCUAUACGAUUCCAUGGGGUAUCAAAUUGAGACGUUUUGUGAUUUAAAUAUCCCUGCUCUGUGUAAUGCAAACCCACAAAACCUUAACUGGAGACCUAAUCUGUUAUUCUAGGCCAGAUAACCCAUGUUCAGUGUGGCUGAAGUUCCACAGUCCAGCUGUCCCAGACCUUUCUCUGCCUUGUCUGAGCCUCGAUUCCCUGUAUCAUUGAAAUUAUUUGUAAAACUUCAUACUGAAUGAAAUCUUUAUGUGAAUCUGACAUGACAGUCCAAUCUUUUGUUAGUUCACAUACUAAUAUCAUCACGUAAAUACCUGCUGAAUUCAUAUAUUUCAUCUGUGCUGUCACAAACAUAGACCAUGCCACCAUCAUCUUUUGCUAACUGGUUUCUUUGACUCAGGUCUUGUUUUCCACACCACAGCCAAAGUGAUCUUUCUAAAUACAAAUGUAUUUAAUUUUCUUCACUUAAAACACUUCAAUGCCACCUCAUGGCAGCCAGGUUAAAUCCAAACUUUUAAAUAUAGUUACAAUGUCCUUGAUGAGUGAUAAGGUUUGGAUUUGUGUCCCCGCCCAAAUGUCAUGUAAUUGUAAUCCCCAGUGUUGGA